AUGUGGCUGGCCUGUUUGGAUGGAUGCACAGUUCUUGCAGGUCUUGCCUUCAUGUUUUCGUCCAGCAUCCUGCUACAAAUCUUGGCUUGUGCUAUAUACAACAACUGGUGGCCCAUGCUAUCAGCUCUUAUGUAUGUGCUGGUGCCUAUGCCUUGUCUGUUUUUUGGCGGUGGGUCCACUCAGUUCCUAAUUAGCCGGGAUGGUGGCGGGUGGAUGGAUGCAGCUAAGUUUUUAACUGGGGCAUCGGCAGUUGGAAGUGUGGCCAUACCCAUAAUUCUAAGGCAUGCGGGCUUGAUCGGGACAGGAGCCAUGUUCAUCGAGUUCACGUCUUUCUUCAUAUUCGUGUGCACCGUACUUUGCUUUCAUCGUGCAAGUCUCGAAGACGAAUGGUGA